UUUGAUGCUUGUUAACAAUUUGAUAAUGCUAUUAUGAAACGCACGACAGUUACAAUUCAAAGUUUCAAAAGUGUUUUUUAUAAUCUAUAUUUUUCAUUGGUAUUAAAUAUAUUAGGUAUUAUAAUUGAGUUAUAAGGUCUGAAAUAUUAAAAGCUUCCAAUUGUUUUACCUUAAACAAAAUUUGGAAAUGGAAACAGAGGAGCUUACAAUGGAGGAAAAAUGUGAAAAUCUCAUGAACAUAGUGGUGGAAUCGAGAAAACGUUUUGGAAAGUUGUGCGUGGAUUAUGAACACAAAAUAUCCAUUAUGGAGAACAAAUUACUGGAUUUACAAUUAGAAACUAUAUCGAACUGCCGUUUCAAACCGAAACAAACUAUUACUAAUGAGGAGCAGGAUAUGUCUAAGGAUAUAGACGAAUUUACCACCGAAAUAAUAGAACGACAGCAAAGGAUUGAUAAUUUGAAAACAAGAUUGAGGAAUACUCAACAAAUAGUGUUGCAGUUGAAAGCUGAUAAUGUUGGAAGGAGACUAAAGGACCCAAUAACUGUUGAUGUAAUGUUGGCACAAGCGAAACAAAAGAAACAAACAUAGUGUUCCAUUUUUUUAAAUUAGGCCCUCAGUUGAAAGUAUUGUUAAGUCAUCAUCAUAAUACAGCCUUUAACUGUCCACUGAUGAACAUAAGCCUCCCCUUUAGAGGUUAUAUCCGUAGUUGCCACGCUUGGCAGGCAGAUUGGCAAUUACAAUUAGGCUUUGUAGAUGCUUUAAGAGGGACACUGCUGCCCAUCCUUUGCCCUCCCUUAGUUGACUCUUACGACACAGAAAAGAAAGGGAUGGACUAUUCUAUGUCGGAACCAUAGAAUGAGAAUGUCCAGAAUAGCAGAAUUUAUUCACUGUAACACAAUCAAGAUGGCAAAUAUUUUGUUUGAAAUGAUAUAAUAGCUAGAUGGAGCACUGGAGAGGACUAUAUGUUACUUGUAUAAAAUAUACUUUUUGUUUAUCACUAUGAUAAAGUCUGUCCAGAAGAAUUUGCAGUGGUAUUUCUGAACUGAUAUGACAUAGCCUUCAAGACAAGAGCAUAUUUCUUUUUAAAAGGCCGGCAGCACACCUGCAAUGCCUCUGGUGCUGCAGGUUAUCAUGGGUGGCGAUAGUCACUUACCAUCAGGUGAAUGUGGCUCAUUUGCCCCCUAAUGGAAUAAAAAAAAAAGUAAAAUCAUUUUGAAAAAUGAAAUUAACUAAUUAAGUUUUAUAUUAAAGGUAAACAAUUAUGUGUAAAGAAUUGAUAUAGUGUAAAAAAUAAAUAAGGUAUUUUGUUAUAAUAGUGUA